CAGCGCCAUUUUUCUUCUCUUCCUCCUCCUCCCUUCAUGCGCCAGCUAAGAGCAUUUAUGAGUGGGAAGAAAUGUCCAGAACAAUUGAAGAACAUUUUAUGAACUCGUGCAUUAAGGUCUUUUAAUUAAUUUCUUGAAAGAAGAACAUAUAUGAUAUGAAUACACAUAAUGGCUUUGAAGGCUGCCCGUGUUCCAGAACUGCCCGUUCUUGAUCAUCAUCAUCAUCAAGUUGUGCCAGAAAUUAACAAUGCCCCGGCAUUCUUAUCAUCCUCUCCUCCACUCAUUUCGGGCGGAGAAGAGAACGGGAAGAAGGAGAAGAAGGGAGGGAAGUUUGUGGUGAUGGGUCACAGAGGGCAUGGGAUGAAUUUGUUGGAGUUAUGUGAGGACCCGAGAAUGAGAGCAACGAGAGAGAACACGAUAUGCUCUUUCCGACACGCCGGGAGACUUUCCCGUCUCGAUUUCGUCGAAUUCGACGUUCAGGCGAAGAACACAUAAAUUUUAUAAAAGAAAAAUGUGUUUGUAGGUGACAAAGGAUGGUUUUCCUGUAAUUUUCCAUGAUGUCUUCCUCUAUACCAAAGAAAAGGGUGAAAUUGUUGAGAGCAGAGUUACAGACCUCAGUUUGGAUGAGUUUCUCUCGUACGGUCCUCAAAGGAAUGCGCGAAACGUAAUGAAAACUUAAUCAACAAUAAAUGGCCAUUUGUAUGGUCAUUCAUAAGAAACACAUUUUUUUUGUUUGUUAGAAACAGGUUGGGAAGCCGAUAUGCAGAAAAACAAAAUGCGGGAGAAUCCUUGAAUGGGCGGUUGAAGAUGACGAUUGUCUGUGUACAUUGAGAGACGUGUUUGAGAGCAUUAAUAAUGACUCGUUGGGCUUUAACAUUGAGCUGAAGUUCGAUAACAAUAGAGUUUACUCUGAGGAAGAACUUGUAAGGGCCAUUCAAAUUAUCAUGCAGGUUGUAUUUGAUCAUGCUAAAGAGAGGAAGAUCAUGUUCUCAACAUUUCAUCCAGAUGGAGCCCUUUUAAUCCCCAAGCUCCAAAACACCUACCCUGUUUUCUUCCUAAGCAAUGGAGGAAACGAAAUCCACUCGGACGCGAGAAGGAACUCGUUAGAAGAGGCGGUAAAGCUGUGUUUGGAAGGUGGCCUCCAAGGAAUUGUCUCUGAGGUGAAAGCCAUACUGAGAGAUCCUGGAGCAAUUGCCAAAAUCAAAGACUCCAAACUCUCCCUCCUAACAUAUGGGCAGCUCAAUAAUGUGGGCGAGGUUGUGUCUAUGCAACGCAAGAUGGGCGUGGAGGGCGUUAUAGCUGAUGUGGUCGAAGAGAUUAUUGACGUUGUGUCGGAAACCAAAGGGUCGGGUAAGGAUGAAAAUGGAAAUUGUUGGCCCGCGGAGAGGUCGAUUUUCGCGCGGAAAAUUGAUCACUGCUCUGAGGAAGAAAUAUGCUGGUUGUUCAGGCUGCUCCCUGGACAGAUGCAGUAGUAGUGUUGAAUUCCUAUUGGAAUUUAAUUUGAAUAAUAACUUGUAAAGUUUGUAUGUAUAAGGCUAAAGACACGUCCUUGAAGUAGAACUAAGAGAAGGUGUAGCACGCCAAGGAGAAAGACACAAAUCGAGUUUGGUGUCAAAGGUCAUUCGAAAGUUACUUAGUCAAUACAUUAGAAGACUCUUG